AUGAGCUACUGCGCCCAGUCUAAGGAAGUUAUUUUCUUUAAAGUCUUGUAUGCUAUUCAGAGAAAAUUGUUUUCUUGCCUCUAGGAAAAUCCAGAAGUAUGGUUCACACGACCUCUUUCACUCUCUUUACUGAAAAUUUUGGCCCUGGAAACUGCCUACCUGCUACCCCUUCGCUUGGCACUUCUGGAUGAGAUGAUGUCUGACCUAACUACCCUGGUGGAUGGGUACCUAAAUGCAUAUCGAGAAGGGUCUGCAGACCGGCUUGGAGGCAUUGAGCCUACAUGUAUGGAGCUUCCAGAGGAACUGCGUCAAUUCAAGACCUUCCAGAAGCAGCGCCGAGAGAGAGCUGCAAGAGACUACAAGGUGGAUGCACAGGGACUCCUCAUCAGGACAGUGGUACAUCCAAAGAAGUUAGUGACAGACACAGCAGAGAAAGAGGAAAAAGUCGGAGCUUUCUUAUUUUGUAAAAAUUCUAGGAUAGAUAAAGCUCCAAGUUUUACAUCUCAUGAGUUUCAUGAGGAUGUGAAGUUUCUGAAAGAAAAAUCUAAGAAUAAGCAAACUGCAGAACCUCAGCAUCUACCUCCCAUAACGAAAGAGGAAGCCAGGGAGGAUUCCAGUAACAAACUCAUUUGUACUGUGUCAAAGUGUUCAGAAGACCAGGGAACAACUCAAAAAGAACACGUUAGGAUACCCAGACAUGAGUUACAGCCACGUUUAUCUUUGAAAGAGGAGAUUCAACAGUUAGUGGAAAAUGAGAAAGAUUUAAAAUGUGUAAAGCAAGAUGUUACAGUGUCUCCUCUUCCUCAGGAAACCAGAGUAUCUCCAAGUGACACCUUUCAUCUUUUAGGGAAAACUAUGUUUUCCACACUCUCUCCCUGUCCAGCCUUGGAGAAUGAUUCCUGGAUAAAUCCUUUCGAAAUCUACCUUAGAGAUUUGCAAAAUCUCUACCAAAUCUACCAAAGCCAUAAAGGUGGUUCAUUUCCUCUGCUGUCAGGACUUUCCACUGUGCUUAAGUUUCUUGUGUAG